AUGGGAGUGGGGCAAAACUUAAAAUCCCUGAAGCAAGGCCGGCCAGCCCCCGUGACUACUCAUUGCACAUCUGGCCCAGAUCCCAGCGCCCAGACGUCCCUCUUCGUCGCCUCCCCACACACACUCUUGCCAUGCACACUGCUUUCGUUUUGCAGAAGAUGUGGACUCUUCUUGAGAUGUGUUUGUACACAAUUAUCCAGUUCUUUUCAGCCUGCCCAGGUUGAGACAUGCAUUCUCGAUAGACUCUCGCUUCCUCCUCCUUCCUUCGUCAAGCCCUUGGCCGCCCCCCAUGCCCAGCCCAAUAUGGUCGUCCAGAUGACGCCAAUCUAA